AACUAUUGACCAAUGAAAGGAGAGCUUAUAAAAAUGUAUGGCGUGAAAUGAAAUUGUGAAAAAAUUGAAGUUGUGAAAUUUAUCGCAAAAACAUAAAUAACAUUGUAAAUGCAUGGAAAUAAAAGGAACUGAUGGACCAGAAGAUACAGAGAUAUAUCUAAAUUAAAUUGAAAGACGGUGCAUGAGAAAUAUUGAUCAAAUAAGACCAAAGAAAAAGCAUAAGCAUGUCACUGGAUGUACACGGUUUGAAGAAGUGACAGUCUCAAGGUUGUCUGUAACAUGGGCCUUGCUCAAUCUGCUUAUGAUCCUCUUCAUUAUAAUGGACUUGCAGUAUGGGAGCCUGAUGGGUGACACGCGACUGACUCUUCCAUUGGUUUGGUACAUAGAAUGUGGUCUCGCAGUAGUUUUUACACUUAAUAUGCUAUCUGAAUUCACACAGUACUUGUGGCCCAAGUUCUCCAACAAUAUAGUAGAGCUCACCAAUAGGGAAAGAACACUUUUGGGUGUUAAAGAGCUAGAGCCAGGUUUCCGCACAAUCCAAAAGACCAAGGUUGCAUCCUCUCGCACUGGCUCUCCUGUGUUCUCCCAGUCUCCUAGUAUAUAUCAUAGCUCACCAGUCUGCCUGCCUGGAUCACCCUUUAGGCAGACCACCUCUCAACCUGGCACACCAUAUAGCCCAGCAGGUAGUAGCCCAGGCUCAGGCUCAACAUACACUCCUGGUAGCCCUGGCUCCCCCUACAGCCCCAUCUCUACACCAGGGUCAAAAUUCACAAGCCCAGUUCCAUCCUAUGGCACACCAUAUAGCCCAGGCAGCACUCCAACAACAGCCUAUGGUGGUCUGGCCUCUCCACAACAAAGUCCACCUGAUAGUUAUUCAAGAUCAUUCAUAGGUGGCACUGUGAGUGGAAACUCCUCGUUUAAUCUGUCACAGAGUGGAAGUCCACGUAGUACUGGUGGCUCCUCCUAUUUAGAUGUAAGCGGACUGCGUUCUAGAUUGCCGAAAUCAGCGAGGAGCUCUCCAAUGGCAGCAGAUGGUAACAUCAGUGAUCUUGAUAGUUUAGCAAAGUUUCUCAUAGAAGAACAGGAGAAAGACUACAGAAACCAGCUAGCUGCAAAUGAGACAUCAAGUGGGGGACCAUCAUUCUGGAGUUUCAACAGAAGUGCCUCAGAUUUUACACCAAUAUUGCGUAAAUAUCAGUACCAGGUUGCCUGUAGAUCCCCAGAGUCUCUCAAGGCAUCUAAUGAUGAUGAUUCUUAUGACAUAACACCUGCAGCUGCUGCUGAGUUCUGGCUUGCACGUGGGAUUUACAGAGAAGACUUAGACAGGUGGACUGAAAACCUGAGGAAGUGGUUAUGCCAAACUAUAUUCAUGCGAUUAGUUGUUGAAAUGGAUAAAAUCAAUGAAGACCUAGCUCGUAUAGGAUGUGAAGAUAUGCAGAUUGGUGAGGUUAGCAUAGCCACUUUGAAGCAAUUGGCAGUUACAAAGAGUCAACACGUCCCAAUGUUGAACAGCAUGAUACCUUUCCUAGAGGCAUCCACCAACCAGCAAUAUGUAGUUCAGAGACUGAGAGAGUUAGGUAGUGGGGGUAGUUUGAGUGAUUUUCACUGGCAGUCUGGUGUGGAUUAUAAAGGGAAGCCCUGGGGUGAGCACCUACCUACAGAUAGUGUGAUUGUGAUGCACUGUCUGUGUAGCUAUAUGGACCAGAGACUUCCACCUCACCCUAGAUUCCCUGAUGGUAAAACAUUCACAAACAAACAUUUUGCAAAGACUCCAGACAAACCAGUGAGUAAGAAAGAGAGUUUGUUGAUCUACCAGUCACAUGUUAACCCACCACAUUAUAAGCUCAUCAUUGGAGAGCAGAUCUUGGACCUGCCUAAGGGUCGCAACAAUAUGUUCCAUGCAAUCCUGUUAUGGUUACAUCAUAUAAAGACCAAUGAAGCUGGUAUGCUUGGUCGUGUAAACCUUGGGCUCUCAGGAAUCAACAUAUUGUGGGUGGUAGACAGUAUAAGUAGACAAAUAUAAUAGGACUCUUCCAAAAAGGAAUGAUCAUCCCCUCCCACUCCUAGCAGACUUCACUUGAGAUUCUGAGACUUGAGAAAUGAUCAUAUCCAGAAAGACUUGAAAGAUGAUCACGUCCAGAAAGACUUGAAAGAUGAUCAUAUUCAGAAAGACUUGAAAUGAUCAUAUCCAGAAAGAUGAUCAUGUCCGGAGACUUGAAAGAUGAUCAUAUUCAGAAAGACUUGAAAGAUGAUCACCUCCAGAGACAUGUUAGCUAUGCCAAGAUGGGUGGAACAAGAAAUUAUUGUAUGCAAAAAUAAAUUGCUUCUUUAAUUUCAAGAGCUGUACUGAUAGUUUUUUCAAAUACACUAAAGUGCACAAACAUACUUGACUUGAUUUCUGUUAUAUUACAGUAUUAUUCCAUCGAACAAAGUUUGGGGGGAUAUAGAGAAUGGCUCCAUCUAUAUGCGAUAUAAACUAAAACAACACAAUAAGGUGUGUAUUAAAGAUUUACUUUCCUGUGAUCUCAAAAUCUG